AUGGCUUCUAACUCAGCUACACCCAAUAACAAAACUGAUCCCGGUUUUAUUAUUAUUCAUGAUGAUAUUCAAUGUCCACCAGUACUUAAAGAGUUUUUCUUAGAUUUACGUAUUAGUAUAGAGAAAAAUCGGUGGUCUUCAAAAUGUAGAAUUUGUUCAACAUCUAUUACUGAUAGUUAUAAAACAACUUCAAAUUUUUUAAAGCAUUUAAAGAACAAACAUCAAUCUAUGCUUGAUGAAUGGAAAAACAACCAGGAUCAAUCUGUUAAAGACGCAAAUCAGCCGAAAAUAGAUAAUAUUUUUAGUCCUGAUGGUGAAAAAUAUUCAACAAACAACAAACGACAACAACAACUCACCAACAGCAUUAUCCAAAAUCUGAUAAUAAAUAUGGGUCUUCCAUUGUCAAUUGUUGAUCAUAUAUCAUUCAAGAAUUUCAUGAAUGACGUUGAUCCAAAAUAUAAACCUGUUAAUAGACGUGAUCUUACCCGUUCAUUUUUACCCGGUUUACAUAAAAAAUGCACUGCAAAAUUACAAGAAAUAUGUGCUCAAUCAAGUUAUGUUAGUCUAACACUCGAUGUGUGGACUGACCGCCGUAUGCGGUCUUAUUUCGGUGUUACUUUACAUACUAUUAUUAAUGAUAAAUAUAAAUCAUUUUUACUUUCAUUCGAGCAACUUGAAGGAAAACAUACAAGCGAAAAACUAUCAGCAGAAUUUGAUCGUAUAAUACAACUUUAUAAUUUAAAUGGUAAAAUUGUCCGUUUGAUUACUGAUAAUGCCAGUAAUAACCGGGCUGCCUUUGAUGAUAUUAUUUUACCUGGAUUUGAAGAUUAUUUCGAUGAAAUAAUAGGUGAUCAAUCUGAAUCUGAAACUGAAUCAAACGAUGAAGAAUCUAAUGAUUAUUCAAUUGGUGAACGACAACAAUUACAAACACAUGAAGUUGAUGAUUCUAUUUAUCAAACAACAUUGAAUCCAAUAAGUGAAGAAGAAUUUGUACGUUUACCAUGUUUUGGACAUUGUUUGCAGCUGGUGGUCAAUGAUGGAAUAAAAGCAAGUGAUGCAGCAUUAUCAUCUCUGAAAAAGGUAGCUCGUUUAGCUAAGCUUGCUCAUUUUAGUACAGAAUUUGCAGAACGACUUGAAAAAGUCAACUGUGCUAUUCCAAGAGCUAAUCAUACCAGAUGGAAUAGCCAAUUCCAAACAGUGAAAAGAGUUAUUACUAUUCCAUCUUCAACACUUAAUUCAAUUUUAACAGAUUUGAAGAAAAAUGAUCUUAUACUUAAUAGUAGAGACAGAAAAAUUUUGGAAGAAUUUGUAUCUUUGUUUGAGUUAUUUGAUGAAGCUACUGUAUUAACUCAGGGUGAAUCUUAUGCAACUGUUACCUUUGUUGCACCUACUGUUCUUGGUAUACUUUUUGAUCUUGAACGUGAACUUAGUUCUUCUACUUUAAUUCUCUCUUCUUUAUGUGAAGCUCUUAUUUCAUCCAUUAAAGCUAGAUUUAGUGGACUUCUUCGUCAUUUUGGAAUUGAUGUACCUUUCAAUUCUUUUUCUAUGUCGGAGCGUUUCUCAGAUGUGAUUUUUCUUAUUGCUCCACUUUUUGAUGCACGUUUUAAACUAUUGUGGCUUGAUAAUCUUCAUACUGUUGUAAAAAUACGUGUUCUUGAAAAAAUUCGUAAUGCGUUUGUUCGUUUUUUUUCUAAAUUAAGUCUUUCUAUGUCACGGAACAUGGGAGCCGAUGUAACCAACACAAGCGAAUCAAGUGAUAUUGACGUUUUAACAAAGAGCACUGAAUCACAUAGUAAAAGAAAAUGUCUUUUUCCUUAUUUUGAUGAAAUAAAAAAAAGUUCUGUCGAUGAUAAGUCGAGAAUUUUGACUGAACUUGAUGCUUAUUUAUGUGAAGAAAGUUCUACAGCAAAUUUACUUUUUUCAAAAAAACAUAUUUAUCCAUGUCUAUAUAAACUUGGUUUGAAAUACUUGUCAGUACCGGCUACAUCGGCUCCCAUAGAACGUGUUUUUUCUAAAAGUGGUUUUCUUAUGCGUCCACAUAGAGCAUCAUUAUCUGUAAAAAAUGUUUGUUUACUUACUUUUCUUAAAUCUGUUAAUAUAAUAAGAUCAACAACAAAAAUUGAAAAUUUAAUUGAAUCAUUAUUAAAACUUAUUCAUAAAUGUUUAGUUUGUUUGGGUGAUAUAAGCAGAUAUUUAACUGAAUAUGAUGGUUGUAUACAAACGGCAGAAAAAUAUUAUGCUAUGACAAUACUUCUUGAUCCGGAAAUUGGAAUCCCAUUGAAUCAAUUGGGAACAUUAUGUGGUCGAUCGAAUAGUAGUUGUAAUGAACCUUUUUUUUAUUUACUUUGUUUAAGUACAAUAUAUCCAUUUGAUGAUGAUAAAGAUAAUUUACAAAUGCUUUUUGAAUGA